AUGACAGAUAAAAUAAGUUGUAGCAGCAUAGAUAUGCCAAAUGAAGUAAGAAAGCUAAGAGAAGAAGAGGGGUACCCACAUUUACUUAGAGCCUUUGUUUAAUAGUAAUUAGUUACUUACGUAAAUAAGAUUAAAUAUAAAGACGCAAUCAAUGGAAAGAUGAUUGAAAGACUGAAAACUUCAAAGCCUGAAAAGCGUUUUCUAGUGAUUUUUGAUGAUGAUGACAAUCAGUCAUUGCAAAUUUGA